UAUGUGUCUUCCGGUUGUCAGCAGUCCGUUUGUUUCGGUGUUCUUGAUCUUCCAAGAUGGCUGGUGUUCGAGCCCUGGGUGCACUCUCCAGAAUUACAGCAAGGAGAUAUAACGUCCUCUCAGAUAUCUCAUGUCGUACCUUUUCAGUUGCACCUGCUAUGUCAGCCCGAACCCAUGUCAACUAUGAAGUCAAAGAGGAUGUGGCAGUUAUUCGGAUGAACGACCCAACUUCCAAAGUCAACACUCUGUCCGUCCAAAUGCAGAAUGAGAUGAUAGAAGUAUUUAAUGAGGUCUUGGCCAACGAUGCAGUCCAGAGUGCUGUCCUCAUCUCCUCCAAGCCUGGUUGCUUCAUUGCAGGAGCUGACAUCAACAUGAUCCAGGCCUGUAACACCUCCCAAGAGGUCACAAAGCUUUCUCAGGAGGGACAGAAGAUGUUUGAGAGGAUUGAAAAGUCUCCCAAGCCUAUUGUUGCAGCCAUCAAUGGCCCCUGCUUAGGAGGAGGCUUAGAGUUUGCCAUCGCCUGCCAGUAUAGAAUUGCUACUAAGAGCAAAAAGACUGUCCUUGGUACUCCUGAGGUGAUGCUUGGUCUUCUACCUGGAGCUGGUGGAACACAGAGACUCCCUAAAAUGGUGGGUAUUCCCGGUGCCUUUGACAUGAUGCUGACGGGAAGAAACAUCAGGGCAGACAAAGCCAAGAAGAUGGGUCUGGUCCACCAGCUAGUGGACCCACUAGGACCUGGAUUGAAGAAUCCAGAGGAGAGGACGAUUGAGUACCUGGAGGAGGUUGCCAUACAGUGUGCCAAAGGAAUUGUUAACAAGAAGAUCUCUCUCACCAAGGAGAAAGGCAUGAUGCAGAAAGUCCAAGACUACGUAAUGGGCAUUGAGUUUGUGCGGCAACAGAUCUACAAAACUGUCACAGCCAAAGUCAUGAAGAUGAGCAAGGGACUGUAUCCUGCCCCCUUGAAAAUCAUUGAGAGUGUGAAGGCUGGCUUGGAGCAGGGCCCAGAUUCAGGCUAUUUGGCCGAAGCACAGAACUUUGGCAAACUGGCAAUGACCUCUGAAUCAAAUGCGCUGAUCGGCCUUUACCACGGCCAAGUGGCAUGCAAGAAGAACCGCUUUGGAGUCCCUGAGAGACCUGUGAAGAACCUGGCCAUCUUGGGAGCAGGUCUGAUGGGUGCAGGCAUUGCCCAGGUGACUGUGGACAAGGGCAUUCACACCGUCCUGAAAGACACCACCGUGGAGGGCCUGAGCAGGGGCCAGCAGCAGGUCUACAAAGGCCUGAAUGACAAAACCAAAAAGAAAACCAUCACGUCAUUUGAGAGGGACUUCACACUGGCCAGCUUAACUGGCCAGUUGGACUACAGGGGCUUUGAGAAGGCUGACAUGGUCAUAGAAGCAGUGUUUGAGGACAUCAACAUCAAACACCGAGUCAUCAAGGAGGUGGAAGCUGUGAUCCCUCCUCACUGUAUAUUUGCUACCAACACGUCUGCUCUCCCCAUCAAAGAUAUCGCUGCUGCUAGCAUUAGGCCAGAAAAGGUGAUUGGCAUGCACUACUUCUCUCCAGUGGACAAGAUGCAGCUGUUGGAGAUCAUCACUACAGAUAAGACCUCUAAAGACACCACUGCCUCUGCUGUAGCUGUAGGCCUGAAGCAGGGCAAAGUUAUCAUCGUUGUCGGGGAUGGACCUGGGUUCUACACCACCAGGUGUCUUGCUCCUAUGUUAGCUGAGGCAGUGAGACUACUACAGGAGGGAGUUGACCCCAAGAAGCUAGAUGCCCUGACCACAGGCUUUGGGUUCCCAGUGGGCGCUGCUACACUGGCUGACGAGGUGGGCAUUGACGUGGCUGCCCAUGUAGCUGAGGACCUGGGCAAAGCAUUCGGAUCGAGGUUCGGAGGUGGAAACGUUGAGGUGCUGAAGACUAUGGUGGAGAAAGGAUUCAAGGGCCGCAAAUCAGGGAAGGGCUGCUACGUCUAUACGCCAGGACUCAAAAGCAAAGACGUCAACCCCGAUAUUGAAGACGUCUUGGAGAAAUAUAAACUGACACCAAACCCGUUAGUGUCUUCAGACUCUGAUGUCCAGUACCGUCUGGUCUCUCGGUUCGUCAACGAAGCAGUUAUGUGUCUGCAGGAGGGGAUCCUGAACGGCCCUGUGGAGGGAGACAUAGGAGCUGUGUUUGGUCUGGGAUUCCCCCCUUGCCUUGGAGGUCCUUUCCGGUUUGUGGAUACCUUUGGUGCCAACAAGCUAGUAGAGAAGAUGAAGAGGUAUGAGGAGGUUUACGGUAACCACUUUACCCCCUGUCAGCUACUGCUGGAUCACGCCAAGGACUCCAGCAAGAAAUUCCACAAGUGACUUUCCUCACCACCAUGAAUCACUACCACCUAAUAGCAGGCUGCCAUUAGAAUGGGCCUAGGCCGUAUAUUUGUCUGUUAAAGAAAUAAGCCUUGAGCUUAAAGAGAUGGUUCGGCAAUGAAACCCUUUAUCUACUUCCCCAGAGUAAGAUUAACUCGUGAAAACCAUAUGCGAACUAUCUUCGAGCAAAGACUGAACGUAAGCUAACGCUAGUUAGCAUUGGCUCGCAAAACUACCUCUAACUUCCCUCAUUCUGGACGCAGACACAUACAAAUUCUAUCCACGAGUUCAUCGGACUUUGGGGACAUUGAGAAAGGGCUUCAUUGCCAAAAUUCUGAACUAUCCCUUUAAGUUAAAGUUUGGGUUGCAGAAGAGAAAUCAUGAAAGUGGCCUGUUUUUACAAAUCACAAAACAAAAUAAAUGUUUUCAAGUUGUCAGAGAUUUCAGAAUUCAUAACUAACAGGAAUCUAUUUUUUAUGGUUUGGUUGGUUUUUGUAUUUUCUGAACAUUUUGACAAUAUUCUACUGUAUUAUCCAUCUGAGGCAGGAGUAGAACCAAGGGGAAUCUUAGUCUUCCCACAAUGCAAAUGUAAAUGAAAUCCAUCACUACAUCCCAAAUGGCACCAUAUUCCCAAUGUAGUGCACAACUUUUGAUCAGAGCCCUAUGGGGCCCUAGUCUAGGAGUGCACUAUAAAGGGAAUAGGGUGCCAUUUCAGCCUUCAUAAGUGACUGGUCUUGUCCUACUCUUCUUGGCUUGUUCAUGUUUUAUUGAUUGUCAUCUACUAAUGAGGUAAACAUUUUUAUAUGUAUAUUUUUUUUAAUACAUUUAUCAAGGUCUUUAUUCCAUGGUUUGGGCAGUGAUUGUAUGAAUAUUUAGAGUCAGUAAAUGAAUAAAUAAUUAUGCUGAAGUCAAA